CGUCACCUCCGGAGACGGCGGGCGUCGAAGGGGCAAGCCUGCUUGACAGGUGCGGGCGGCACGGGCGGCCGGUCGUCGUGACGCGCAGGCCAGAGGAGGAGCCCCAGCAUGGAGACUUGCAAGCACAACUUGGCGGAGCCCCCCUGCCAAGUGCAGAAGGCCAUUCAGAACAGCCUCCUGGACCUGACCGAGACGGGCCGAGGCCUGAAGGUGCAGACACAGAAGCCGCACCUGGUGAGCCUGGGCAGCGGGCGCCUCAGCACUGCCAUCACUCUGCUGCCUCUGGAAGAGGGCAAGACUAUCCUGGGCUCCGCUGCUGGGGACAUCGUGCUACAGGGGGCUGGGGUGGCCCCCCAGCACUGCUUCAUUGAAAAUGCAUGCGGGACCCUCACCCUGCACCCCUGCGGUCAUCCCUGUGCCAUCGACGGGCAGCCAAUCACCCGCCCCACCCGCUUGUGCCAAGGGCACGUGAUCUGCCUUGGCCGAGCGACCUUCCUCCGCUUCAGUCACCCGGCAGAGGCCAAGCGAAUGAAAAGCCAAGCGGUGCCUGAUGAGUGGCAGAACCCAGGGGCCCCGCAUGGGCUGGGAGCAGCAGCAGCAGCAGCAGCAGCAGCGUGGCCGAGCCCCCCCAACGGCAACUCCCAGGGGGCAUCGCUCUCCCUGGUCAGCUCCAUUGAGAGGGACCUGCAGGGCAUUAUGGAUUCCUUGGUGCUGCAGGAGGAGAGUGGGGCUGGGAGGACCCCAGCCCCAACAGCCGGGUCUCCUGCAAACGGCGGGGGGGGCUGCUCCCUUCUGUCCCCGCCCCAGAGCCCUGGCCACACCUCCAGGCUGGCCCCCCAUGAGAACGCCUCCUGUGGCCCCUUCUCUCCACUCUCCUCCCCUGCCAGCAGCAGCAGCAGCAGCAGCGGCUGCCGGAGCCCCUUGUCCAGCUGGCGAGAGAGGGUCCCUGCCCUCCCCCCUGCGGUGCCUGUUCGAUCCUCCAGCUACGGCCAGGCUGCCUUGUCGCCCCACGGCAGUUCCAGAGGCUUCCUAAGCUCUGCUUGCAGCUCAGGGAGCCCCCGGGCCGAGAGGAAGGUCCGGCGGGAUGGCCCCACAAGCCCCCUGCCAAGGCGCAAGGAUUCCCGUCCCAGCCAGCAUGGGGCCUCCCCACGGAAGGAGAACCCACUAGGUAGCCCUCGCCCACCAUCUCCUGGGAACCCCUGCUUGGCCAGGGCUUUCCAGCUGCCCGGCGUGCUGCAAGGCAAGGCUGUGGCCCUCCAGGACCCGGGACCCGGCCCGGAAAGGCUGCCGGUCAGGGUUUCCCGACCAGCCCAGCUGGGGGAGUCAGCCUGCCAAGGGUCGGAGCUGCCAGGUGUGGCCCCUCCGUCCAGCCGGGCCCAGCGGCUCCCUGAGAGUCCCCAGCUCAGCCGGCGGCCCCUGGAGGGCAUGCGGGACCUCCCUCCCCUCAGCCCGGCCCUGGUGCACCGGGCAGCCUCCCCGGCCCCUGGAAGCAGACUCUCCUCGCAGGGCAAGCUUGGGGAGAGUCCCAGGGGGUGGCGGAGGGAGGCGUCUUCCACCCCGCCCCCCUCCCUCCCUGGAGAGCCCACCCAGCGCAAGCCCCACGGGGAACCCGGCCUCAGCUCUGCCUCCAGCUUGGCUUCCCUCGUCCUGCCUUCGGAUUCCCCCCAGCCACGCUGCCAGGGGCCUGGGGAGUCCCGGUUGCUGGGCCCCACAUGGGAGCGCAAGGAGACCAACUCCCAGCGGCUGGGUGCGCACGAGAGCAGCCUGCUGGAGUACCACCGAUGGCAGCGCCAGGAGCGUCUCCGGGAGCAAGAGAUGGAGCGCUUGGAGCGCCAGCGGCUGGAGACCAUCCUCAGCCUGUGUGCCGAGUACAGCAGGGGCGAGGCUGAGCUGGGCCAAGAGGGCAGCGCCAAUGCUGCUGAUGGGGCGCUCCCCCCGCCAGGGAGCAGGGCCCCCCGGGAGCAAAGGGAGGAGGAGAGCUUGCAGGAGGAGAGCAGCAGCACCGAGAGCGCCGGCCAGGAGCACGAGGUGCCACCCACUCCGGAGCUGGCCCUUCUGGAGGAGGAGCACACCCGCCUGCUGGCCAGCGCAGACCACCUCAAGAGCCGCCUGGAGGGGCUGGAGCAGCAGCUGCAGGAGACUGCUUGGGAGGCGGAGAUGGAGCAGGCCCUCCUGCAGGGCGAGCGGGAAGCCGAGAUGCUGGAGCUGCAGCAGGAACAGCAGGCGGUGCAACUCCUGCAGGAGCAGCUCUCGGGCCUGGAUGCCGGCACUCGCCACGAACGGGAGAAGGAGAGGGCGAGGGUGGAUGCAGAAAGGAAGGCGCUUGAGACACUGCGGGCGUUUUACUCUGAGCUCAAGAGCCAGCUUGAAAACUGCCCCGAGUCAAUGAGGGAGCAAGUGAAGGACCAGAUGCGAAGGGAAGCGGAGGCCCUGGAGACGGAGACCAAGCUCUUUGAAGACCUGGAGUUCCAGCAGCUGGAGAAGGAGAGCCGCUGGGAGGAGGAGGAGCAGCGUGAGAUGCUGCACAGCGAGGUGCAGGGCCGCCACCGCCUGGCCCUCCGGGAGGAACGCAUGGCUGCCCUCGAGGGCCAGGCAAAGCAGCUGCGGCUGCAGGCUGCUCAGGAGGCCGACCGGCUGCACCAGGAGAGGAGGGCCACCCUGCAGCGGCUCCAGCAGGAGAAGGAGGCCCUCCUGGCGCUGGAGCAACGGUUCUGUGCGCUCACUGGCGGUGCCGCAUUCCCCAAGGGCUCCAGCCACCUCCAAGAGGGCUCUCCACCCGCAGUGGGCAGAAGCGGCAGCUCCCCCCGCAAGCUGACCAGCCCCCUCCUCGACCUCGGGAGGAAGCGUGAGGCGUCCCUGCACCACAAGGGGCACCAGGCUGUUCAGGAGCAGCGGCAGCGCCUGGCUGAGCCGAAGCAGAAGGCAGCUGUGGAGUGCCAGGCCCUGCGGGGGAGGGCCCUCUUCUCCCCCCUUGUGCCCCCCUCUGUCCUCCACCAUCACUCCUUCCUGGGCCAAGGUCAACUGGCCGAUGACCCCGAGCCAGCCUACGACACCCUCAGCCUGGAGAGCUCGGACAGCCUGGAGACCAACCUCUCCCUGAGUGGGAACUCCGCCUGCUCCCGGGACAAUGCCUGCAGUGCCGGAGGGGCCGAUGCCCGGAAGAUCGAAGAGAUGGAGAAGCAGCUGAUGGAGGCCCAGGCUGAGAGGUUCCGCCUGAUGGAGUCGCGAGAGCAAGAGAUGGAACUGCGUCACCAGGCAUUGGAGGACGAGCGGCGGAGGCGGGAGCAGCUGGAGCGGCAGCUGCGGGAGGAGACAGCGCAGCGGCGGCAGCUGAUCGAGAGAGAGGUUAAGAUGCGGGAGAAGCAGCUGGCUCAGGCUCGCCCCCUGACCCGCUACUUGCCCAUCCGCAAAGAGGACUUUGACCUGCGCUUGCACAUCGAAUCCUCCGGCCACAGCGUGGACACCUGCAGCCACAUCAUUCUCUCGGAGAAACUGUGCAAAGGCUACCUGGUCAAGAUGGGAGGCAAAAUCCGGUCCUGGAAGAAGCGCUGGUUUGUCUUUGACCGCCUGCGACACACCCUCUCCUACUACGUGGACAAGCACGAGGCGAAGCUGAAGGGCCUCAUCUAUUUCCAGGCCAUUGAGGAGGUUUACUAUGAUCACCUCCAAUGCGCAGCCAAGAAGAGACUCUUCCCUCCCCCGCUGUCCGUGAGCCCCAACCCUGCCCUCACCUUCUGCAUCAAGACCCACGACCGGCUCUACUACAUGGUGGCCCCCUCAGCAGAAGCCCUGCGCAUUUGGAUGGACGUCAUUGUCACGGGGGCUGAAGGCUACACCCAGUUCCUGAGCUGAGGCAGCAGAGCCAUGAAUGGCCCCAGAGGGCCCAGAAGCUGUGGCUAUCCCUCCGAAGCUUCCCAGGGAUGGCCUCCAUCAGCAGACAUGGCCCCCUCUGCCGUGGGUGCCUGGGACGGACAUGCGGGUGGCGAAAGCAGGGCCCCUGUCGGCAGCCUCUCCUGCCCAUCACCGAACUCCAGGAGGAAACCUGGAGCCGCCACGCUCAGGCUUUGCAGUGCAGGGCUGGCUGCCCCCAACCCCGCCGGCCCAGGCCAGUGCAGACAAGGCCCAGAAGGUCAUCUUGGCUCUCUCAUCUGCAGGGCUGCCCUGCAGGAGCGACUGGGAAGGGUUCCCACUGGCAGUUUGGGGGUGCUGAAAUUGCUGGCAAGAGUCUUUGCAGCCAAGAGACAGGAAAGCAGAAUAAAAGCCUUUUGCAUA